GUAGAAACAGCCCCCCUUCACAGCAGCCCAGUCCGAUUACCGACGCCGACGACUCACUCACAACAUGUCCUCACGCCAUCGAGGUGGUUACGACGAAGAUGAAGACGACGACAUGCUUCUCAAGGCACUCCAGAUGAGCGAGCCUUGUGGGAACUGCGGGAAACCCGGCGCGCAAAUCCCGUGCAUGAGCGGAUGCGGCGAAGUGUUUUACUGCUCCCGGGAAUGCAACAUGCUUCAUGCGUCAUCCCAUCGGUUGCGAUGUCGCAAUCUACGAUGCUCUAAAUUCAACGACAGCGAUUCGGAAGAAGAAUCUAGUGAUGAAUCGUACGACGAUGACUCUGGGGAUGGGUCUAGCGACGAGGAACUCCGAGCGCCGCCACCUACCGCUAAGGGCGGCAAGUCGACGUCCACGGGAUCUAGUGGCAAUGGCAAACCUUCGAUGAAAAAGAAGGAAAGUGGCGGUGGUGGCGGCGGCGGUAGUUCGUCUCGCCUUCGCGUGGACUCUGACGUGGAGCGCCGCAUUGAGGAAAAGAUCAUGCGGCGGCUGAAGAAGCAAGAGGAGAAUCGGAUUGCCCAGGCGAUCGAGGCGCAGAUGGCGCAGGCGAAUGCGAAUUGGACAGAUGCUGACAUGAACCGCAUUGCGAUGGAAGUGAAGAACCGACUGCAAAAGGAAAUGGGCCACAUGUUCAUGAACGGAUCCAGCAGUCGAUCGCGCAAAAACAGCAUCACGCGGGAAACGUUGCUGCACUCUCGUCAAAUCACUUCCAUUUCUGAAGAACAACAACAUCCAGGCAGUCGCGGCGAGCACCCUCCAAGCGACGGCGACCACCCCGCGACACGUUCAGAGUCGACGAGUCGCGAAGUUUCCCGUCCCGCCGCUCCGUCGAGAUCAAACUCGACCAAAGACGCUAUGAAACACCCAGGUGCUCCUCCACCCCAGGCCUCGUCCAGCGUGCCUCGAACUGCGACAUCGACCAACCACUUGAACGGCAGCUCGUCCUCUCGCAACAUUGUCGUGGACGCCGCCCCCAUGCAGCACCAAUCCAGCCCCGCCGCGGUCGGGCCGAUUGUUCCCAGCGAGUCGGUUGUGCUGUCCCCUACGGGACCGCCGUCAGCCUGGAAUAACAAGUGCGACGCGUUCUUGUCGCUCAAGAUCGUCGUGUGGAAGCUCGACUUUUUGCCGCAGCUCAAGUUUGGCCGCAACGACGUGGACGGGAGCUGGAACAAGCUCGUGGAAGUGGACGCCGACGAAUCGUUUUCCCACAUCGACGUCGGCGACUUGCUCAUGUCCCUGAACGGCCAGCACCUGUCGGGGCUCUCUGCCGUCGGCGACGACCAGGUGAUCCAGGACAUGCUGGCCCAGACCCGCGGCGGCCACGUAAUCCUCAAGUUUAGCACGACCAAACCCGUCAACGUUCACGUCAAGGAGUACUCUGUGCGGUGGGGCAACGGGCCGCUCGGACUCACCCUCAAGGACGACGGGUCGCCCGAAGCGCUGCCCAUCGUGCACCGGCUCACGAGAAAGCCAGGGUCCGUCGCAGUCAAAGAGAACAUUGCCAUCGGCGACGUCUUGUGCGCGAUCAACAACAUCGACACGGUGCAGCUCGGGUGUGCGCUCACCAUGUCGGUGCUGAAAAAGGUGCAACUGCCGGCCACCCUCACGUUUCGUGGUGUCGGCGGCAACGCGACCAAAGCGGCGCCAUCUACCUCGCGCGAGGUGGUGCGGUCAGUAAACAGUGUGCCGCAACCACCCGCGCAACCGACGACCCCCACGCCCGGCGCGGUUUACACGGUCAACUGGACCGUGGGACCACUGGGACUGACAAUCAUCCCUGGCCUAGCGGCGGGCGAACUGCCCGUGAUCAAGCGCGUGACGGGCAAAGGCGAGUCGGUGGGUAUUGAAAGCGCGCAAGUGGGCGACUUUCUGCUCAGCGUCAACGGCAAGAGCGUGGCGUCCCUCGGGUUUGAAACGAUUGUGGACAUGAUGAAGUCGCUGCCGAAACCCAUUGUCCUGGAAUUCCAGUCGGCGCAAAAGUCCAACCACGUGCCCUCGGACAAGCCCGACACGACCACGCGAUCGGACCGACCGAUGCGCACUCCUCCCGCAUCCGUCGUCCUCGUGCCCCAAGUAGUAGCAGCAGUUGCCCCCACCGACACCGUUCGGUCCAACCACUCAGCCGCCACCGACACUGGUCGGUCCAACCACUCAGCCGCCGCGACGUCUAGCGUUCGCAAUUCGCCCCCCCAUUCGUCCAAGUGGCUAGCUCCGCAAGGCGACGAAGUGGACAUCGACGUGCCUGUCUCAUCUGCGGCAGCGACCUACUCGGUCGUGUGGGGUGCCGACGGGCCACUGGGGCUUACGAUUGACGCCAUCCCGCACGCCACGGGCGCGUUCAUCAAACGAUCCAACCGGACAGGGGCCGCUUCGCACCUGUCGGAAGACUGCAUUGGCGAUGAGAUGACUCAUAUCAACGACAUUGACAUGACCCAAAUGGACUACAAUCGUAUCGUAACGUACCUUCGCAAGGUCCCCCGGCCAGUCACGUUGCGGUUCAAGAAGGACUCGAUCGUCGGCCGCGACUCGAUAUCGGCGGCGGCACCGUCGGUUUCAACCCCCACCAACCGCUUGUCGUCGUCGCGGCCGGCGACCUCGACGUCGGGACCGGCGAAGGCCACCAGCCAGUAUGACUUGGCGUGGACCGAAGGGUCCCUGGGGCUGUCGCUGCACGCAGCAGACGACAAAAGCGAGUUCCCGUACAUCACGCGCGUCACGGGCGUGGGGUGCGCCGCGCAUCUCCCCAGCUCGGUCGUGGGCGACCAGCUGCGGUACAUCAACGCCAUGAGCUGCCACUCGAGCCGCAUGACGUUCAACGAUAUCAUGGAGAUGCUCAAAUCGUUGCCGAAGCCCAUCCAAUUGCGCUUUCAAAAAGGUGGUAGCGAUGGCACCACCAAACAAACGUCGUCGCUCGCGGUACAAAGCCACACGGGCAACGGGGCGUACAAUGGGGCCGCCCCAAGCAGCAGCAACCACCACAAUGGCAACAAGUCGCUCCUGUCGACUGGGAAUGGAACGUUCAAUUCGGCCAACGGGUCCUAUAACACGGGAGGAGACGAUGACAAUGCCACCACGCACAACAUGCUCACACCGUUCGCCGGUGCCCCCAAGCUGUCCACAGGUCGACGCCAAAAAAUUGUCAAGCAAUUGAAAAAGUAAUUGUACAGUUAUCGGGAAAAUAUAAAUGAAACCAUCUCAACCAAAAUGGGACACAGUGUGAUCGCAAAGUCAGACCUGUGAAUUGGCUGGCUUCAAGAA